AUGGCUCUUCCCUUCAAAGAGGUGAUCCCGGAUGUGCUGCUUGGGCACAAGCCCGAGGGGCUGCCUCCUUUCGAUGGCUGGAAGGGUGGGGAGCUGCGCGUGCCGGCAGCGGAGUACCGCCGCAGGCUAUACGCAACGCGCGAGUCCAUGAAGCAGGACGGCAUUGACCACUUGAUCGUGGUACAGCCUGAGGACCUCUACUACCUCACUGGCUUCUACACCAUCGGCGAUGCGGCGCCCCAGGCCUUCGUCUUGCCUCUGGACUCGGAGCCGUUCCUCGUGGCUCGGCUCAUCGAGUGCGACUUGGUGCCGAAGCUGUCCUGGGUCUCCGAGGUUUGGACUUGCCCGGACCACGCCAACAUCGUGGAGGUCUUCAUGUACGCGCUCACGGCCAAGAAUGUGCCCGCCGGCAGCGUGGGGCUGCAGCUGGCGGCCAUCUCGGCGGUGCACUACGCCAGGCUGCAGCCCUUCUUCGCCAAGUUCGAGACCAGGGUGCUGGAUGGCAGCAAGACGGUGGAACGGGUGCGCAUCCAGAAGUCUGAGUUUGAGCAGGCUUGCAUUCAGAGCGCCUCCGAGAUGUCGGAAGCGGCCCUCAGCAAGGCCAUGGCCUUGAUCAAGCCAGGCGUGGAGCUGAGCGCGCUGCACCAGGCGAGCUACGCGGAGCUCAUGGCGCUGGGCAGCGAGGUGCCGGGGUAUUUGCCCAUAGUGCGGACCACUGAUCCCAGCGGCCACGGCUCCUGGAUGCCUGGCGAGAAGCUGUCGCUGGGGAGCUUGGCGUUCCUGGAGCUCUCCGGCUGCAAGUUCGGGCACCACGCGCCGCUGAUGCGCACCGCCUACCUGCGGGGACCCGAGGAGGCCACUCCUGCUUGGCUACUGGAGGCGGAGCGGCUCAUCCAGAAGACCUUCGAGGUCUGCCUGCCCAUGAUGAAGCCGGGCGCCAAAGCGAAGGACAUCGAUGCGGCCGGACGCGAGAUUAUGAACUCCAACACCGUCGGCCUGCACAUGUCUGCGCGCCUGGCCUACUCCACGGGCAGCACCGCCACGCAGCCGGCUGGCCACGCGGGCUGGGGGGACGCGGACUUCUCCUUGGUGGGCCACAACGAGGCGCCGCUGCAGGCGGGGAUGGUCUUUCACUUCAUCCCCUGGUUUCAGAAGUACGACAGCCCAAGUGGGCCCAUCGGCCUCUCCGACACGGUCCUGGUCACUGAAGCGGGGGGUCGCCGCUUCGGGCAACUUCCCUUGGAGAUUGUUACGGAGGCCUACAGCCUAAAGCUUUCUGCAGCUCUGGUCUCCCAACCCUUCCAGGAGGACGUGCCCAUGGAGGAGCUCCUGGCGAAGGACGAGAAGGAGCUGCCGAUGCCCAGGAACUGCCCCAUGGAGCUGGACGAGGCCUUCAAGAUUCAGACCCGGCUCAACGCCACCACCAUCGCCCAGGAGGAGGCCAAGAAGGCGGACCAGGAGGACGCGCGGUGCUUCCUGAAGGAGGAGGGCCUUCCGUUUCCGCAGACAGGACCGGAGUGGCGAUUGGUCUACCGGGCCAUGGGCAAGGUCCUCGCGGCCCGGGCCUUCCUCACGGACACCCCGGCGGAGGUGAUGCAGCUCCCGGUCCAGGACGUGGCGGACUCCAAGGAGCAGAUGAUCCUGCGGGCGGUAUGCGACGAGCGCAUCUCGGUCCCGGUGGAGAGCCUCCAGCAGUUCCCAGAGGUGUACAAGGCCCUCAUGGACCGCAUUGGAGGCCCGGGGGCCCUGGCGGAGGUGAAGGCCAUCUUGCAGCUGGUGUUGGACGAGCCGCCGGAGGGCCUCUACAACCGCUGGGUGAAGGAGCGGCUGGAGUACUACCGCCGGGUGGAGCCCUCGGCCCCGUUGCGGGACGUCUCCAUCGUGGACCAGAAGGACUCCGAGGCCUCCAUCUCCCUCUCCUCGGACACCGACGAGAGCGUGGACACUCAGUCGGACAAGGAGGGGGCCAGUGCCGAGUCCCCGGGCAUCCCAGGUCCCGACUUCCGCUGGCAUGUCGGCGCUUCGCUGGCCUGGCGAGGAGCUUGGCGCGCUUUGCCGAGUCCGGAGGUGCUUCGGGACGCGGCGGCGCAGUGCCUCCGCGGGAAGCCCAGGGGCAGAGGUGGCGAGAGGUCCGGAGGUGCUUCGGGGGGCGGCGGCGCAGUGCCUCCGUCCGGAGGUGCUUCGGGGGGCGGCGGCGCAGUGCCUCCGUCCGGAGGCGCUUCGCGGGGCGGCGGCGCAGUGCCUCCGUCCGGGGGUGCUUCGGGGGGCGGCGGCGCAGGGCCUCCGCCCGGACCCGCCAAGGCGCCCAAGAGCAUUCAGCAGGAGGUGGAACACGAGAUGCGUGGUCUUAAGGAGAGGCGGUCUCCAACUACCCCAUCCAGAGGAGGUAAAGAAACUCCGGAUUGGGAGAGAGUUGCCUACCGCUUCCGUAUCGACCAGGGCCGGUCGCAACCGGGCGAGGCGAAGGCAAAGGCGCCCUAUUCAGAUCAUUCAGGCCUGCGGUUUCCGUCUUUGGAGACAGCGGAGAACUACGACUACCACAUGGACCGUGGGCUGAGCCGCCUAGUGGAGCGCGCCUACCCCAUCAAGGUGCCUGGACAUCGACGCUUGGACCCUUUCUUCCGGGAAUACCUUUUCUUCCUGCACGACCUGGACCCCGCGCGCUUCACGGUGCAGCGGAUCGCCCAGAGGUACCGCCUCAGAGAGAAGACGGUGGCCAAGGUGCUGAAGGAGUGGGGCACCAACCGCUACCUCACCAGGAGCGGCCUCACGAAGCUGCACAUGAAGCAGCAGACUCGGGAGGCCGAAGUCUUAUCCGAGAAGGAGAGGGCCUACGCCAAGUGGGUAGGCUGGGAUCAGAUGGGAGACCAGGAUGACCCGGAGAGCGACGAUGAGGCGUUGGGCGGCGAGUUCAAAGGCUGGCGCUCCACGAGCGAUUGGGUGCGGCGGCAGAAAAUCGAGGUGGAGAUGAUGUCUGCCUUCCCGAUGAUGGAGAAGCGGGAUCCAAUGCCCAAGCGGGUGGAUGUAGACAUGGUGGCGGACACCAGGCCCGGGCAUAAGAUCAUCAACUGGAUCGACCCCACGGAUAAGGUGGUCUUCUGA